CUGCUGUCGCGGUCUCGUAUCGCCUGUGUCGUUGAUUGAUCUCUUCAACAUUUGAGACAGCCGAAAUUUUGAUAUAUGCUCGCAGUGUUACGUUAAUUCGGUAAAUUUCCCCAGAAAAUGUACCGCAAUUGUGCUAAUACUUUAUUCGUCAAGUAGUCUUCACUACAGUCGGUAGUUUUGCUCGUUUUCAGCAGUUAGUUCAAUCAAAGCUAGCAUAUAACUCAUCACUGGUGAAUCUUCGUAGAAAAUAAAAUAAACAAUUUUAGUUGAAAUCUGUUACGAUCAGACAUCGGCUUGAAGAUGCUGCCUUUAACCCAUAAAGAUUCUCGGGGAUUCACCUACAAAGUACGAGAAAAGUUUAACAGCUUAUCGCGGCUUAUACUGUCCGACCGGAACUCUAGAAACCUGUUUCUUUUUCUAUUGCUAAAUUUGAGUUUUGCUUUCGUGGAACUCAUGUACGGAAUUUGGACUAACAGUUUAGGUCUAAUUUCGGAUUCGUUCCAUAUGUUCUUCGAUUGCACUGGUUUGUUGGCCGGAUUAGCGGCAUCUGUUAUUACCAAAUGGAAAGCAAAUGACAAAUAUUCCUACGGCUAUGUACGUGCAGAAGUGUUGGCUGGCUUUGUCAACAGUUUGUUUCUGCUGUUUAUUGCAUUUUUCAUCAUGUCCGAGGCGGUUGAGCGUGCCAUCGAACCACCGGAGGUUAAGCAUGAGCGGCUGUUUGUAGUAUCCGUCCUCGGACUAUUAGUGAAUCUGGUCGGAAUCUAUGCGUUCCAACACGGCGGUCAUGGGCACUCGCAUGGUGGAGGGGGUCAUGGCCAUAGUCACGGUGGAGGUGGCCACGGACAUUCUCACGGUCACAGCGAUACGAAUCAUUUGCUGGCUAACCACAACCACCAUGGCCACAGCCACGGGGGUGACGACCAUCAUCACGGAGGCGGUGGAUCGACUUCGAUUGGCGUGGAACAACCGAUCUCCUCCAAUAACUCGCAGAUAAUGCGUGGCGUCUUCCUUCAUAUUCUAGCCGAUACGCUCGGAUCGGUUGGAGUUAUCAUUUCUGCAGUAUUGAUGCAACUGUUUGGCUGGAUGCGAGCGGAUCCUAUUUGCAGUAUGUUUAUCGCUCUGACGAUCGGCGUCAGCACGCUUUCGUUGAUCAAAGAGUCGGUUAUGAUACUUAUGCAGCGCCAACCGGUAGCCUUGGACAGACAGCUGAUACAGUGCUAUCAGAAAGUCACAGGAUUGGCGGGAGUAUACAGUGUUCAAGAGCCUCACUUUUGGACGCUCUGUAGUGAUGUGUACGUGGGCGCCAUUAAGUUAGAAGUAUCCAAGAACGUGGAUCCCCGCUAUGUGGUGCAACACACCCGGAUGAUCUUCGAGGCUAUCGGAGUGCGGCAGAUCUACAUUCAGCUUGACUAUGCAGCAAUGUGAUAGAUUGGUUUCGAGGGGAUUCAAAUGA